GAGACGGGGUUUCGGCAUGUUGGCAGGCUGGUCUGGAAAGGAUCUUUCUAAUAGGUCAAAAAAUAUUUUUCAGUUUUGCUUUCUACUGAGGAUCUGUAGAUCUACAGUGUAACUACUUAUGAUCUGUUUGCUUGUGACUGCAGAUACUGAAGGAGUUUGCUGGAGAGGGAGAAGAGUGUGUGGAGGAAGAGGGGAGGGCUGGAGAAGUGAGAUGAGCCCUGAGCACACGGGACACUGGAGGCCAGGGAAAGAACCGUGGCGGUGCUUGUGGGGUUUUAACAGGUGCAAACUAGGAAUUUCAGAAGGCUCACCUGGCUGCUGAGUGGAGCCUGGGGUGGGGUGGGGGGAUGAGGAGACCCCUCCAGGAGCCAGUGAGGAGAGAUAACUGCUUUUGACAAGACACUUGGGAAAGACAUCUGGAAGGAAUGGUGCUGACAAUAAGAUUUAAAACCCUUGGCCCCAGGGAAAGGAGAUAUUUUGAGAAAUAUGACUGCUUAUAUUAUUUUUAAUCCCAAGAGGAGGAAAAAGUUCUUUCCUGUAUAAAGCACGCUAGUUAAUUUAAGUUGUGGAGGAAAAAACUUAGGGCAAGAGACAGAAUAUGAUAUUCAGGAAGCAUUUUGGAAGAAGACACAAGGACCCCCAGCUGUGGCUGUGUGCAUCUUUAGGGCCUUGAUUGUGGAGGCAGGAUAAAGGAGUCCAUCUCGUCAACAUGGCGGAGUCAGAGUCUAUUGGGAGAAUCAUGAGGUAGGCAGCUGUAAUCCCAAAAGAUGGUGGUCCAGUGGGAUAUGCCUGGUCUGCUCUGACCAGCUCAGCACACACAAGGAAUAGCUCUGGUCCUGGGCAAUUUGUGCUGUGGGUUGGAGGGUGAGAGUUCAUUUUAUCGAAACAAUGAAGACAUCCCACCUGCUACUAGGAGCAACCAAAAAUGCUCAGAAGUUCUGGAACAGGGAUGCUGCUGAGCAGGGUUUCCUGGCAGCAAGAGAGAGAAAGUGGUAAAAAAACAGCAAAAUGCUGCUAUGGUAUAGUACUGAAGUCAUCAGGCACACGCUGAGACUGCCUGUGAGUGAGGCCUUGUGAAUGGUGCUGGAGACGGAGACUAGGAUAAGAUCUGCCAUCUCUGAUGCUGACGCCCAGCCCGGUUCUCCCCUUUUCCUCUCUAGUUUUUCUUUCUCUGUCGUGCAUCCCCCUCCAUUUGCUGUCCCUUAAAUGUUGUUCCCUUGAGCAUCAUCUUUUACUCUCUUCUCAUUUUACAUCUCCCUCUGGACCACUUCAUCCAGUCCUGUGGCUUCAGUACCACUUACAUACUCAUCACUCUUAAAUCUAGGGAUUCAGCUAGAUUAUUCCCCUGAGUUCUGGUCCCUUAUGCCUCAUGUUAACUGGGUAGCUCCACCUGCAUGGGCUACAAGAGCUAACUCUCCUGCAUCUUCUGUCUUGGAGAGCACGAUACUCUUAUAAGCUUACAAGAGUCAUCCCAGAUGCCUCCUUCUUCCUUUGCAUCCAUCACUAGGACCUGCACAUUUUACUUCCUUAACACCCCUUGUCUCUGACUCCUCCUCUGCUGCUGCCUGAGUUGAGGCCUCAUAAUACAUUCCAGUAAACUCCUACCCACACCCCCCCCCCCAGACGAUCUCUCACUUCCUCCAUGUCUUUUACGCACUGCUAACAGAAUCAGCUUGCUAAACCCAGGCCUGACCCCAUGGCUCUUCUCCCUGUGUUAACCUUGAUGGCUUCCCAUGUUCAUUAAUAAGACCAACAAGAGCCACACUCUCUCCUCUGCUUGUCUUUGCAGCUUUAUUUUGGUGUAGCCAUCUUCACACCCUCUAGUCCUGACACGCAGACCUGGUGUAAUUUCCCAAAUGCCCCAGGCUGAUUCGUGGCUGAGUGUCUUUGUAUCUGUUGCCCCCUUUUGCUGUUCUGCCCUCCUCUCCACCUCCUCUGCCCUCUCGCAGACACCUAAUGCCCUUUCCACACCAGUGGGCACCUUGUCUUUGCAUUCUCGUCUCCUCUUCGGUGGCAUUGACACUCCCUCUUCAUGUCUUUCUGUCCCCCACACCUCUGUCAAGCACAGCAUCUGCAUGCUUUGUUGUAUUUGCUUACAUAGAUCACAUCGUUUUCUUCACCUCCUAAUAAUAUGGACAGUUCACUUUGAUUGAGGACUUGCUUUGAACAAGGCAUUGAGCAGCAUGCCCUACAUUUUAUGUUAAAUCUUCCCAAUAGUGCUCCUGCUUCUGUCCCUUUCCAGGGAGGAGGAAGGAGGCUUGGAGAGAGGACUGUCUUUUAGGAGCCCUGCCCAGUGUUUCCUGUGAGGGUGGGGCCAUCUUGGAAGGUAAACCUAUGGUGGGGAUAAGCUGGGUGACUGUUGAAGUCCAACCUUCCCCCUUCUUCCUCUAACCCUGAUAACCUUAUUCUCUGGGCCCUGUCUGCUGGUGGAGAGGCUUCUGACUUUUUUUUCCACGCCUUUGGUUUAUAAAUACAAGAAGAGAUUUGGGGAAAGAUCAGAGGAAACUGUCGAGCUUACAAGUCCAGAGAAGGAAGUCACUGCUCCUUUAAGUCUCAUGUGAACCCCUUGUUCUCUCCCCAGCUUGUGGGGUGAAAGAAAAGCCCUUUAGUCUUUUGGGUCCUCAAAUCCCAGUUUAUGCAGUUUGGCCCCAGUCAGAGGGACCCUAGGAAGGCAGACUCAGGGUAAAUUCUGCCUGUCUUCCACCAAAGAGGGGACUCACCAAGUGUGACUCAUGCCGUUCAAUAGAAUUUUUAAAAUCUAACAAGUAUUUUGUACCCCUGAGUGAAAGAGAGGCUUGUAGCUCUUCAUGAAGAGAACAAGAAAGGCCAGAACUGAAUGUUUGGAGCCCAGUGAAGUGGAAUACUGCCCUGUCUCCUGUCUGUCCGCUCUAGCACUUGUACAAACCAUGAAGAACUCGCCUUGGACUGUUUGCUUUUUGAGAACUUUAAAACCUCGACUCUGGAUUUCUGCUUGGGGAAAAAACCACAAUAGUGCCAGGGGUGCCCCCAUAUGCAGGAUUAACUCUGCAGUCAAAGUUUUUGUUGGGCAGGUGUGUGAACUUGAUAUCAUAAAUGCUGGCCCAAAGCAAAUGGAAGAAUGGAUGAAUGAGCAAAUUCAGGAAUGGAACAAACUGUAACCGGGGGUCUCCUAGUUGUAGGUUCUCUACUAAACUUCGCAUUGAGACACAAAGGAAGGGCGUCUUAUAAUAUAAUGUUGGGGGAUGAGCAGUCAGCUUGGAGGUGGGGGCAUGUGAGGUGGGUUUUGACGUUUGCGAAGGAAUUGACCGAAAAAAAAAGAGUCAAGAGGUGAAAAUAAUCUGGGAAUCAAGACCUGUUUCUCCGGGACAGGUGUGAGCAGGUCUGGGUGCUGCUGGGUUUUGUUGGGGCAAAGGUUGCUUGUGGGGGCGUGGCAGUGGGUGAGGCCGGGAGAUAGGCAGGAGCCAGGUCCUGGAAGGGAGAGUCGGGGAGCAGGGCAUGGAGCCUGCACUUUGCUCUGAAUCUUGGUGGUACCUUCAGAGGAUCGUUAGCAGGGGUCCAGGUGAUCACAUUGACACCUGAGAGAGCAACAUGCCGUGUACGCGGCUGGGAUAUGGAGGACGGAUUUAAGGGGGACAGGACUGAAGGCUGUCACAAUGAUUCAGUGGCUGUUCCCGCAGCAGCACCGGUGUGCCAGCCCAAGAGUGCCACUAACGGGCAACCCCCGGCUCCGGCUCCAACUCCAACUCCGCGCCUGUCCAUUUCCUCCCGAGCCACAGUGGUAGCCAGGAUGGAAGGCACCUCCCAGGGGGGCUUGCAGACCGUCAUGAAGUGGAAGACAGUGGUUGCCAUCUUUGUGGUUGUGGUGGUCUACCUCGUCACUGGUGGUCUUGUCUUCCGGGCAUUGGAGCAGCCCUUUGAGAGCAGCCAGAAGAAUACCAUUGCCUUGGAGAAGGCAGAAUUCCUGCGGGAUCAUGUCUGUGUGAGUCCCCAGGAGCUGGAGACAUUGAUCCAGCAUGCCCUUGAUGCUGACAAUGCGGGAGUCAGUCCAAUAGGAAACUCCUCCAACAACAGCAGCCACUGGGACCUCGGCAGUGCCUUUUUCUUUGCUGGAACUGUCAUCACCACCAUAGGGUAUGGGAAUAUUGCUCCGAGCACUGAAGGAGGCAAAAUCUUUUGUAUUUUAUAUGCCAUCUUUGGAAUUCCACUCUUUGGUUUCUUAUUGGCUGGAAUUGGAGACCAACUUGGAACCAUCUUUGGGAAAAGCAUUGCAAGAGUGGAGAAGGUCUUUCGAAAAAAGCAAGUGAGUCAGACCAAGAUCCGGGUCAUCUCAACCAUCCUGUUCAUCUUGGCCGGCUGCAUUGUGUUUGUGACGAUCCCUGCUGUCAUCUUUAAGUAUAUCGAGGGCUGGACGGCCUUGGAGUCCAUUUACUUUGUGGUGGUCACUCUGACCACGGUGGGCUUUGGUGAUUUUGUGGCAGGGGGAAACGCUGGCAUCAAUUAUCGCGAGUGGUAUAAGCCCCUAGUGUGGUUUUGGAUCCUUGUUGGCCUUGCCUACUUUGCAGCUGUCCUCAGUAUGAUCGGAGAUUGGCUACGGGUUCUGUCCAAAAAGACAAAAGAAGAGGUGGGUGAAAUCAAGGCCCAUGCGGCGGAGUGGAAGGCCAACGUCACGGCCGAGUUCCGGGAGACACGGCGAAGGCUCAGCGUGGAGAUCCACGAUAAGCUGCAGCGGGCAGCCACCAUCCGCAGCAUGGAGCGCCGGCGGCUGGGCCUGGACCAGCGGGCCCACUCGCUGGACAUGCUGUCCCCCGAGAAGCGCUCUGUCUUUGCUGCCCUGGACACUGGCCGCUUCAAGGCCUCAUCCCAGGAGAGCAUCAACAACCGGCCCAACAACCUGCGUCUGAAGGGACCGGAGCAGUUGAACAAGCAUGGGCAGGGCGCGUCUGAGGACAACAUCAUCAACAAGUUCGGGUCCACCUCCAGACUCACCAAGAGGAAAAACAAGGACCUCAAAAAGACCUUGCCCGAGGACGUUCAGAAAAUCUACAAGACCUUCCGGAAUUACUCCCUGGACGAGGAGAAGAAAGAGGAGGAGACGGAAAAGAUGUGUAACUCGGACAACUCCAGCACAGCCAUGCUGACAGACUGUAUCCAGCAGCACGCUGAGAUGGAGAACGGUAUGAUACCCACGGACACCAAAGACCGGGAGCUGGAGAACAACUCAUUACUUGAAGACAGAAACUAAAUGUGAAGGACAUUGGUCUUGGACUGAGCAGUGUGUGUGUGUGUGUGUGUGUGUGUGUGUGUGUUUUUAAUAUUCACACUGAGACACGUGCCUUAAACAGACUUAUUAGUCCAAAAUUACAUAGCAUUGAAGAAUAUAUUUCACUGUGCCAUAAACAACUGAAAGCUUGCUCUGCCAAAAGGAAUCAGAGAACAAGAACUUCAUUUCAGAUAGCAACCACAGGACACACCAAGAGUGUCCGUGCACGUAGCCGGUUCUGGCCGUACAUGUUAAGGGCAUUGCAGUGGCAGUCUGUACCCCUGGGCAGUGCCACCUGGGCACACACGUAGACAAGGGCAGCUAUACUUUAGACCAGCCUCCUGAAAGAAACAGUUGUGUCUUUUUAGUGGAGUCGUUAGUAAUAUGUGCACAUGCAGAAGGGGACCUGAUUGGGGGUGAACUGGUUAUGUGUAACAAGGGUUGGAGUUGACAUUUUGGCAUGUACUCUGAGCUUGAAUUUUGAUACAAACCAUUCAGUGCAUCAUACCUAGUCUUUCUAUGCUCCAAAUGAAUGUCUGUGGGGACUUGAGAGCACCUGGAAUUUGCUGGAAGCAGAUCAGAGCACACGUCUUAAAAGGUGCAAUUGCUUUUCUCAUGACAAAAGAAACAAAGAUAACCACAAACACAUCACACUGUGGAUACCACCUUAACCAAUGACAGAAGCCUGCUGAGUCUGGUCUUUCUCACAGGGGUAGGUAGUCCACAUGAACUGGUGAGCAGUGGUGAAAUGCGACAUCAGCUGCUGUGUGGUUAAAAGCCAAUCAUGCAUUUUCCUCAGUGGGUGCAAUGGUGACAAUAAACUGAUUUGGAAAUGUCCAUGUACUUUGCUUAUAACUUGUUUUGAUAAGAAGGGGAGAAAUACCAAAACAAUUGCCUUGCAUGAUGCCAGUGGCUUGCUGUUCUGUCUAGCUGAUCCUACAUUUUUAUAAAAGUAGACAUCCUGCAUUUCUGAGACACACUGAGGAGGACCGUGGCAUCUUUCCAUCUCAGGGCUUUUUGUCCCUUGGGUGUCUUAGGGUAGACAUAGUGAUAAGAUCCAAUCUCGCUAUCUCCAAACAAAGAGAAAAUGUACCCCUUGUACAGUAAGCUUGAAAUGUUUUUAUUGCUUGCAGCAUAAGUGCCAUUAAUUCCGUUUAACAAUGAUACUUAGAAAUAUUUAAAAUACUUCAUUUUUACUUUUAUGUUUGGGCAUUCCUUUAUUCUGAAAAUGUCACUUCUUCUCCUUGCUUGUUUCUAUAUCUCACAUCGGUAAUUCACUAAAACUGGAACACCUCUAGAUGAUUGUUCGCAGGCAAACGAUAAGCUAACGCAUCGUAAUUAUGAUUGGUCCAUGAGGCUAGAACGUCCCAUAGAGGAAAGUCGGGGAAUGGCUGGUCAUCGGUUGCAUGAUGAUUUUAAAUGGGUUUGUAUCAGAAAGGGGAAAAUACAUACUGCUGUGUAUGCCUCAGUCUUUAUCAUAGUUGGCUGGUUCACAGCUAGCUCUUUGGGCCACACAUGAAAGCAUCUGGACCUGGCAACACCAGGCAGUUGCUGGUUAUGGGUGUUCUAGGCUCACUGCUACCUUUUAGAGAGUUCACGGGAUUUUACAUAACUAACCUGCAGUGUGGAUUUACCAAAAGAUCACAGCACUAACAGAGACUUCCAGAAACUGUCUAGUGCUUUCUGACCUCCAGGGAAUGUUGUACCCAUGACAUCCUCGACUGCUGGUACCAUGGAAGACCUGUCCCUGCCCAUUUCUCAAAAAUUUACAGCUCUCCCCUGCCUGGAGCACAGGCAGUCUCCUCUCCCUGUCCCCAGAACCUUUAGGCUCUGUUGAAGUUCUGGCAUUGCUUUUGAGAAGGAGCCAGAUAAGAAUCAACUUUGAUGAGACCCCUCCUGUCCAAGGAAGGUCUAAGUCAACUCCUCCAUUGGACUGGAGAUGACGCUCACUGGUGACAUCCUGUGUCGACACAGUAAUAAAUAGUCACUUGGGAGGCGAUGUUUAUGCAGGUGUGGAUGUUGAGUUUUACUAUGGGAACCAUUCCAGCCUGACAAAAUGUGUUUUAAGGAAUAAGUAGAUAACUGGGACUUCCUGUUAUUCUAACAAGUCGAAGUUUCCUAAUUAAACUUUCCAUGGAUCUCACCUAUUUGGGUUUCCACUCUGUGUUAUCUGGUACCUUCUUUGUAGUAGUGUGUUAAAAUUCCAGGCCCUAUGGCCAAAUCUGGCAAAGACUUCCCUCUCACUUAUUCAGUGCUUUCUGUGGGACAGGCACUUUAUGAACGUCAGCUCAAUGAAACCUCACGACACUAUGUGGGAAGUAUUUGCAAACCCAUUAUAUACACAAGGACACAGAGGCUCAGGGAAGCUAUGUAAUUUACCCAAUGGCACAUAGCAAGAAAGAGCUGGUAUUCAAAGUCUGACCAAAGUCUGCUUUCAACUUCACUAUAGUGUCUGUGUCAUGCAUCCUUGUGAAUGUGUGUGUUUGUGUGUAUGUGUGUCUUUCUAGCUUCAUGGACACAGCUUACAGAUGUGGGGAGCAGAUAUGGAGGAGUCUCCACCACCAAGAGGGCACAAGGUCUCUGUGUAAACAUGGCUCAAAGGGUUGCCCCUGCAGACACCUACUGUACGUUUAUUUGGUUUUGGUUUUGGAAAUUCUGUAUGUGGCACCCUUUAAGAAAAUGCCCUUUGAAAGCACUCUUUUGCACUUUACUUGCUAACUUUGUAGGAACUCUGCAUGCAGCAGGAAUAAAAUAGUUCAAAGCACUAAGCUGCAUACUCUACCAAAUGGAACAGGUGCAUGUGUUGGUGUGUGCAUAGAUGCUUCCCCAAACGAGUCAAAUCAGUCAUACAGAGGGAUCAAACAUAACCUUGGGCUGGGAGUGGGGAAAUUUUCUACAUAACCCAUUCCCUGGGUACAUUUGGCCACGAAUCUGAUGAACAAAAUCAAAGAAGACCCUCUAUGGUGACUGAUGGAUUAAAUAUGUGUGCAAAGUGUUUAGAAACCUAUAAAACACUCUCACAAAGAAGCUGAGAGAGAAAAAGAGGUUGGAUUCCUCUUCAUAUAAACUAAGAUUUUUGGAGGAGGUAGGUUGGUGUGAAGUUACUUGAAUGUUACCUUUUGUAGAUGGGGCCAAAUGGCAUGUAGAAUACACGUGAUAAGUCAAAGCUGCUACACAUUCUAUACAUGCAUCAGCACAGCCCUCCGUUUCCAAUCUGCACUCCCACUCCACCAUAAACCUAGGAGAAAUGUGUCGAUUUCGCACACGGAAAGAGCACACGUCCACCAUCUUCGGUGGGGGGUGCCUUUUGCUUCACUGGCUUCACUGGCAAUCGGGCACUGAAUUUCUCUUGCAUGACAAAUUGGAGGUUUACUGGUGAGAGAGCCAAUGGGCAUUUUUUCCUGGAAAGAGUACAGCUCCAUACCCAGUCCUAACCCAAUAGUGAUUCCAGGAAUUUAUCACUUUGGGGCAGGGCUGUAUAGCGUGUGUGCGUGUGUGUAUGUGUGUGCAUGCGCAUGCGCAUGCGCAUGCGUAUGUGGGGGUUGGGGUGGUGUUGGGCCAUCUCUGGCCUGUUACUAAGGUAACUGGGACUAUUUGUGUUCCACUAGUCAUAGCCUGUGGUUGUGGGCACAUCAGUUCCCUGCCUAGAUCUCCAUUACCUUGUCUGCACAUCAAGGGAGUUGAGCAUAGAUACUUGUCAAGGUCCAUUGUAGUUAUGCAGUUCUCUAAUGAAACACUCCCUAGUCAAUGAGUUCACUAAAUUUAUUAAGUUAUAAGUUGGAUUUGUGAAUAAUGACUAAUUAAUUGUCUUGCCCAUUUUAGGUUAAGGUGAGAGCUUAGUCUCCUGCCCUUUGGGAUUUGUCUUUUGGGGGAUUGAUGGAGACCAGAUAUACGUGGGAGACUGGUAUCCAAAUUCGGAUCAUGCCCUGUGUAGGCUCUCUCUGUCCUCCCUUAUAGCUCUUUAGUGUACUGUUACCGGGAGGGCUCAUGCUGUGAGGGCAUUUUUUGCAUGGUGUUAAGACUAGUUAAAGAAUUUUAAGCUGUUGCUAUUUGCAGUCAGUUGUAGUACUUCAUGUAUCAUGAAUUCAAGUACUAUGAUCAGACAGACAUCUCUCUCUCUCACACACACACACAUACACACACACACACACACACACACACACACACCCCUGAGGAAAUGGCUGCUUUGGGUUCUAUAAGGACCAUUCCAUGUUUGAAGUCUUAGUUGAGCUAAAAAUUAAGAACCCGCCCCCUUGCCUCCCUCUGAGAUGAUAUCAUUUCCUGGCUUCGUCAGUGCUGCCUGUCUAUUUGCAUGCUGGGUUCUGAGGACUAGUGAGAAGGUGACCAGAGUUUGGGUGGGGCUGGUUUUUACCCACUGGAUUUGGUGAGAAUGUGAAGCAUCCAGUGUGUACCAAGGUUUCGGAACCAUGGGAAAGGCGUAGGAAAACAAACAUUCAGAGCCCCUGUAAAACGAGAAAGGAGAAACCAGCCAGUGUUACAUUCCAUAUCUCUGCUUGUUGCAUUUUGCUAAUAUGGGGUUAUUCUUUCUCACUGUUAUGAUGCAAUUGUGUGCAAAGACAGUGGCUGAGUGAGCAGUAAGAGCUGGCUAGUAAUGGCCUUAUAAAAGAAAAAGGGUAAUUCUCUGAAACAAAGAUCACUGUAGUGUAGCACUGUGGAUGCUGUUAAUUCUGCAUAGGGAAUCUUUGGAACAGCAUGCUAAUUACAUGGCUGUAAGCAAAGCCCUGACUUCUGUUCCUGCACCAUACCUUCAUUGGACUUCACCAACCCACCCAUACUCUAUGUAAACCUCAGUUCUCUCAUGCCUGUCAUAAGUCACUCGACAUCAGUGCAGUGACAUUGAGGAGAAAUGAGAGGUGUCUCUGAUUUUACUGAAAGUGGUGAUCAUUUUCACAGGUGCCUGAGAUUUGGUAUCUACUUUGUGUUCCUGAUUCUUAGGUGAAAAAUCUGAAACAGUUCCCUGUGCAUUAAAAGAAAUUAUUUUGAGAGGACUCCUGCUCCAUUGAUUCAGCAGACCGAUGCUGCAGAAAGUAACUGCGGAACCUCUCCUUUGCUGUCGGGGCUCUGAGCUUGAAGGGAGAAGGUGCAGUGGUGCCUAGAAGCGAUAUGCAAACCACCUCACAUGCCAGCCUCUGGCCUCCUUCCCGUCCCAGAGUCACAGGCAGGGGACCCAGUGACGAUGAUAAAUCCAUGUGUGGAGGUGUUUUACUUAUUUUUCUCUCUGUAGGAUUUCAUGGUGCUUAAAAAAAAAAAAAAAAAAAAAGGCAUUUUACAGAAAAUAAUGCCGGGGGAGGGGGAUUUCGUAAUGUUCUUAGGAAAAGUACAAAACAAAUUUGCUUGUGACAUUUCAAUAAGCUGUGCUGCUAUUGUCUUUGUUUGAUGAUGUAAUUUUUUUUUCAAUGAUGGAGAAAAAUUGCAACAAAGACCUUCUGGACGAUCCAA